UAAAUGAUUCUGACGAUUUGGAUCUCAGCAGCUCAACAAUGCCACAACAAAUCAUGCAGUUCUUGAUGCGUUCCAUCUUACUCCUUCUUGUGUUGGCGACAGUGUCAACGUCCGCCCGAUCUACCACUCACUUUGGCGAAACGAACCAGAUCAACCAAGAGCAAGAUGGCUCAUCGGGAGGACUAAUAGACAGCGGACUAACGCCAUUGCAGCUGGAAAUGUUGGCCCAGAGAUUAUCCGAAUAUAAUCAGAUUCCACCAAUACCGGCCGCCUGGGAACGUCUGGCCCGUAAUCCGGAAGUGAAAAGACAAAGUCGCUACCGUCAAUGCUACUUCAACCCAAUCAGUUGCUUUAGGAAGUAAGAGAGUGGCGGAUGAGGGCGAGAAUGACAUGCACUUAAUGUUCGGCAGUAUUCAGAGUUCUUCACAAAAAUACUAUACAUCUGUUCCAUUUCGUCGAUAUUUUUUUGUUGUGUAUUAACAGUGUUGUAGCCAAAUUUCUCGCUAUACUUCAAGGAGUAAAAUAAAAUAAACUAA